AUGUCGAACCAGACGUACAACCUGGUCUGGUCAGAAGCAGUGCACCUCCUCGACGAAGCUACCAGACUGGACGUGGAGGCCGAGUCCGCCAAGCCGACCAAAGAUAAGGAGGUGGCCAGGCGAGCUGUCGGGAGGCUGUACCUCAUGUACCUCCUAGCGGUCAACAAGUUGGACCUCUGCUACGACCAGAUUGUUCAGCCGCAGAAAAGAAGACUCCUGAAAAGGAUGCUAGAGUGCGCCCUCGGCAGAUGCUUAGAACUAAAACACGAACUUGUUUCUAUAGAUCUAUCAGAGUUCUCUUACCUCGAUGACAUAAUUCAAGAGAUGGGCCUCACCAUCUUAGAUACCGAGAUCAAACCGCUCAGACUGGUCCGAAGGGAGAGGGAAACUGAGAUAAGAGAAAGACGAGCAACAAUCGACAAGAUCAUGAGGGACUUGGGUUUCUUCGAAGUCGACACGACUGGAAUCAUAAUGACGGAAGAUAGAGCGAUAAGACUGAUCCAGAGCCACGAGAGAGCUCGGCAAGGGCGCCUGCGAGCGGGGUUCAUGAAGGAGAUCAGGCUGCUGAAGGAGAAGGUAAAGGCGGAGCCGAAGGAGGAUGCGGAGCUGCAGGAGGAGGGGCGCCAGGCGGCGCUCAAGAUACAGACCAUCUGGAGGGGGUUCAUCACCAGGAGGAAGAUCAGGAGGAGGGUCGUCGAGGAGAUGUUGUUGAUAGGAAUGCUGCCGAGUUCUCACGUUGUGACGGAGGAACAGGAGAGAGCCCUCGAAGUACAGGAAUACAGGCGAGGAGUACAGAGGAGCCGCGAAGAGCAGUAUCAGGAGGCCUUGAUCAGAGAAAGGGAGGAGAUCAAGAGAGACAAAGGCCCUGCGAUGAUGGAAGAGAUGGCAGACCAGAUCCGGACCUGGCUGAUGGGGUUCAAGCAGACCACGGGCAAGUUCCCUGAUCUACCCUCCGAGGAGGCGGGGGGCUCCGCACUCGUCCUGAAGGGACAAGCGGGGCAGGCUGAAUCCGACAGGUCCAAGUCGACGGCCCCCAGUUCGAGGGGCAGCAAAGGCAAAGCCAAAAAGGGCAAAGAGGACGAGAUGAAGAAGAAGGAAGAAGAGGAGGACCCGGGUUUCCGGAUGUCCCCCUCCAACUUCCUGACGCUGCUGAUGGUCUCGUGCUCCGAGUACGACGAGAUAUGGCGACCCUUGGACGAGUCCACCAACCCCAGGCAGCACUACUACAUCGACAUGGUCCGCAGGGAGAAGUCAAUAGAGGUGGAGUCCGAGCUGAGGAAGAUCGUGGACGAUCAGCUGCGCAUAGAGCUGGAAGCCCUCCAGGCGGCCCUGGACAGGGACAAGUCGAGGAAGAGCAAGAAGGGCAAGAAGGCCGGGAAGAAAGGAAGGAGAGGAGGCAAAAAGAGCAAGAAGAAGAAGGAAAAGGACCUGACACCCGACAGGACGACGGAGUCCCUGUUCGAAGAGCUGGUUACCAAUGGUAUUAUUCGUAAAUACCCUGAGGUCUACAUGUCGAGCUUCAUCGGGGAAAGAGCCUGCGCUAACCUGGCACAGAGGCAGGACGGCAAAGACCCACAACCUGGUCUCGGAGACAUUCGCCAAAUCGUGAUGGAGUACGUGGUGCUGCCGCUGGGCAUGGGCCGCGUGCGGCGCGGCACGCCGCUGGUCAGGUCGCUGCUGGUCGCAGGGCCAUCGCAGUCCGGGAAGAAGCACCUGGUGCACGCCUGCUGCACCGAGCUGGGCGCCACCCUCUUCGACCUCUCCCCGGCCAACAUCGUCGGCAAGUACCCUGGCAAGUCCGGGCUCAUCAUGCUCUUGCACCUGGUCUCCAAGGUUUCCAGGCUUCUCCAACCGUCUAUAAUAUUCAUCGAAGGAGCCGAGAAGACGUUCAUGAAGAAAGUUGCCAAGACUGACAAGACGGAUCCAAAGAGGUUGAAGAAAGAUCUCGCUAAACUUGUCAAAAGCAUUGGGCCAGAGGACCAGGUGAUGCUGAUCGGGACGACCAGACUGCCCUGGGAGGCCGACCAGAAGUUGCUCUUCCAGGCCUACCAGAAGACGAUCUACAUCCCGAGGACGGACUACGGCAGCCUGAGCAGGAUCUGGGCGGAUCAGCUGUUCCAAUACUCCGGUCUCAACCGCCAGUUCAACACCUCUUCCUUGGCCAGGCUGUCGGACGGCUUCACGGUGGGCGCCAUCCUCUCGGCCAUAAAGGACGUAUUCACUUGCAAGAGGAUACUCCAGCUGCGACUCCAACAGUUGACGCACGCAGAAUUGGUUGCGGUCCUCUGCAAGAAGGAGCCGAUCUACCGAGAAGAGGAGGAAGAGUUCCUCAGCUGGCUGUCGAAGACACCACUCGGAAGAAGGAGGCAGAAGGCGGUCGAACUGGCCAUGGAGAGGGCGAAAGAAGCAGAAGCUAUGGGCAAGGCAGUUAUUUAAGGACAGAUUGAAUCUUUUAAACUGGAUUUAAAAGGAGAUGGCCCAGAGAUCGUUUGGAAACUGA